UGAGAGAGUAUACAGUGGUCAAACUGGUCAAAUGGUUCGCCAACUGAUAUUUAUGGGCCCAACAUUCUAUCAACGUCUCAUUCACAUGUCUGAAGACAAAGUGAAGUUCAGGAACACUGGGCCAGUUCACCCUCUCACCCGGCAGCCAGUGGCAGACAGGAAGAGAUUUGGUGGGGUAAAGUUUGGUGAGAUGGAGCGCGACUGCCUUAUAGCCCAUGGAGCAUCAGCAAACUUACAUGAACGCCUUUUCACUCUUAGUGACUCCUCCCAAAUGCAUGCUUGCCUGAAAUGCAAAAAUGCGGCUAAUGUGAUAGAUGGAACAGUUGAUGGCAGUAGAAUCAGGGGUCCAUAUUGCCGGGUCUGUAAGUCUGUUGAUGACAUUGUCAGGUUGAAUGUUCCAUAUGGGGCCAAGUUAUUGUGCCAGGAACUUUUCUGCAUGGGCAUAAGUCUCAAGUUUGAGACCAGGCUCUGCUGAGUGAGCACUAGAACUCUGUUUCGGGAGCGCUAUAGAACUUUGUUUUGUAAAUGACUAUGAAUAUCUCUCAGUUAAUGCCCCGUAGGUUUUCAAGGAUUCUAGUUCCAGUGGUUGAUUGUAAUUUCUAACUCUCUUUUAACUUAUAUGUUUCAGUUUUGUGUGA